CUCGAGAGGGACUGAGAAGGCUCUGGUCGUCUCGUGACUGCUGAACGCACUCAAAACGUCCAGUCCAGCAAUCUCUUCCAGAUCGGUGCGUUAUCAUCGCACGCCACGUCCAGAAGAGGAGAUUAGUGUUUUUCGCUGUGGUAUAGCACUCCAAACAGGCACACAUCUAAGCUCACUUGAAGCUUGUCAAUUGUUCAUCGUGCGAGAUAAGCGUGAUGGCACCGGCACGCCUACCAUCAGCCCGUCGCCGUACAGCAACGCUAGCGCUAGUUUCACUCUGGCUGUGUUUGGUGCUGGACGACAUUUCGAGUGCCAGCGGUGACGCAACGACAGCAGCAACCUCCAACAACAUGACGACCGAGGUGCAACAGGUUUUUGCCCAGCAUGAGGUGAUUCCCGACGUGAUCGACGCCGCACCGAAAGAGUUUGCGAAGAUCACCUACCCGAGCGGUGUUACCGUGAGCGGCGGUAACGAGCUACGACCGACGCAGGUGAAGGACCAGCCGCGCGUCGAAUGGACCGCCAAGCAGGACGCCUACUACACCCUGUUCAUGGUCGAUCCGGACGCACCGAACCGGCAGGAGCCAAAGUUCCGCGAGAUUGGCCACUGGCUGGUGGGUAACAUUCCCGGCACGAAGGUGGAGGACGGUGAUCAUAUGUACGCGUUCGUUGGCUCCGGCCCACCGAACGGAUCCGGGCUGCAUCGGUACGUGUUUUUGGUGUACGAGCAGCCGGGCGGCAAGAUUGACUUUUCUAAGGCGCCUCGAGUUUCGAACCGCAGCCGCAACCAUCGUGUGAACUACCGGCACCGGGAGUUUGUAAAGCAGUACGGGCUCGGCGAGCUGGUGGCCGGGAACUUCUACCAGGCGCAGUACGAUGACUACGUGCCGACGCUGCACGCACAGCUAUCGUCCGGCACGGAGUAAGGCGGUUGAUAAGGCCGGAAAUGUAUUUUUUAUGAACUCUGAAUCUGUUCGAGGUAUUUUUCGUAAUAAAAAAAAAACAAAUCUGGUGACAGCA